ACAGUCAACAAGUUUUUCUGCAGGUAACGAUUUUUCUCCAUUGUUUUAUUUUUUGGCCAGCAACAUCUCUGCAAUCUGUGUUGUGUUGAGGAUCGUUUUAUGUUGUUGAGAAACAACUUCGAUUGUUGCUUUUCGAUUGAAAUACUGGAGAUUGUUGCCGAAGCUUUUUUCUUCGUCAAUGGUGUUUUCUGUUUUCAGGAUCUAAUAAGAAUUUUCUAUGUUUUUUACUCACAGUAACACAGAAUCGAAGUCGUAGACAGAUUCGAAAUCGUUUUUUUGAUUUCGAUUUGUUGAUUAUUGAAUUUCAGGUUGUAUUCCAAGCUUUUUUUGGUCGUUAAUGGUUUUUUUUUUUUUUGUAAAAAUGAUUCAAAUUGAUUUGAAAACUAACAAAUCGUGAAUUUAUAUGUUCUUGUAUGUGCGUUUGUAUUUCACGCACUGGUUGUAAGAUUCAUAUUCCAUUUUUUGUUAAUUUUUUGGCGCGUAUGGUCGAUCGUAUUUUUUUUGUUUGCGUUAUUUUUUUUUUUUCAAUUCAGGUAGGAGAAGCCUACGUGUCACGUUAUUAGGGUUCAUUUUUUUAAUUAAGGUUAUUUCUGUUAAUUGAUUAUAUUAUAGGUAUAAUACUAAAAUUUUCCCUUAAAUAUAUAAACGAUUCAGUGACUGAAUUUCUGCUUUGCGAACUGCUCGAUCCAACGAUAUCCUACUGGGUGGUGAGGAAGUUAUCUACUAAGUUGCUUGAUCUUAAUGGGUGCUCCAAUCUCACAACUCUUUCAGAGAUUUCCGGGGUGUAAACACCUGAGGGAACUUCCAAAUUCUAUUUGUGAGUUAGAAUCAUUGGAAUACUUAAAUUUGGGUGGAUGUGUAUCCUUUGACAAGUUUCCCAGGCUUCCAAAAAGUAUAAAAGGAUUAGAUUUGAGUGGAACAUUAAUACAAAAAGUUGAAUAUUCAUUAUUCGACUGUCUACCUUCUGUCAAUGUCUUAUACAUGCAGGCUUGCAAGAAGCUUGAAAGCCUCCCAGCUACCAUUUGUAAGUUGAAGUCUCUUCAAGUACUUAAUCUUGAAGAUUGCUCACAAUUGAAAAGCUUUCCAGAAAUCUUGGAGCCUAUGGAGAAACUAAAGUACCUUUAUUUAAAUAGAAGUGGGAUUGAAGUGCUUCCAUCAUCAAUAGAGAAUCUUGUUAUGCUUGAAACGCUCUCCUUGAGUGGGUGCGAAAAUCUCAAGUCUAUUCCAAUUACCAUUUGUAAGUUGAAGUUUCUUAGAGAACUUUAUCUUGGAGGUUGCUCACAAUUGAAAAGCUUUCCAGAAAUCUCGGAGCCUAUGGAGAAAUUAGAGAAACUUUAUUUAUAUGGAACUGGGAUUGAAGUGCUUCCAUCAUCAAUAGAGAAUCUUGUUAUGCUUAAUAAUCUAAACUUGAGUGAGUGUAAAAAUCUCAAGUCUAUUCCAACCAGCAUGAUCAAUAUGCGCAACAUUGACUCUAUUGAGCUUGAUGAAUAUCCACAACUCCAAAUUCUGCCAUAUAAUGGUUUACCAGUCGAAGAUUCAAGUGAAACCAGUACUAGUCAACUACUUCUAACACAUGAUCAACCGUAUAUUUGCAGUAGUUGUACUUAUUCUACAGCAAUCCUAAAUUUGCAUUAUCAUGGUGUUGAUUUCACCUGUUGUCAGUGCUUUCUAUUCUACACCAUACGUAACAUUUUGGCUGCCCAAUAUUUCAUGGAUGAAAUUUUCAUUGGCAAAUGUAGGGAUGGAAGAGUAAAUGAUUGGAUUGAAGCUAUUACACUAAGUUCUCUUCAUUCAGGAGAUUCAAUUGAUCAAUCUAUUGAAUCAAUAUUUCCAGAUCUAAACUUGCCUGCUACCUUUUUAGAAGAUUAUGACAAAUGUAGGGAUGAAAAAGAAAAGGAUUUUAGGACAAGUUUUUGUUAUUCAGGAGAUACAAUUACUCAAUGGUUUGCCCAUCAAUCUAUGGGAUCAUCACUUCAACUAAACUUACCUUUUUCCUCUCCAAAAGAUCUUCGCAAGUACUUCUUAGGCUUUGCUUUAUGCAUUGUUGUUGAGUUUGAAGCGACAACAUUAAAACGUGAUGAUGUGUUGACAUGUAAAUACAAUCUGAAAACCAAGACUGGUCAGAACUUUCAAUUCUAUUCAAUUAUGCAAUGCCAAAAAGCUACUCAUUUUGAUGAUGAUGAUGAUGAUUCUAAUUUAGACUCGUCCUCAAAUCAUCAAGUGUUCGUAGGGUAUCUAUACCGCAAAGACAUUUCUAUGAAAAGGUAUGCUUUUUAUGAGGAAUAUUAUGAUUUUUUAUUAGGUGAGGAAGAGAGUGGCAUAUUUGAGUUUCAUAUUAGCAAAGGAACAAUAAAACAAUGUGGAGUCCACUUGCUAUAUCGCCAAAAUAUUCAGCUUCAAGACAAUUAACUCUAAUUCCUAUUCAUCAAGGUUAAUUUCUCAUAUUUCCAGAGAAGGAAAUGAAUUAGGUUGCGUCUAAGCUUUUGAAGAUUUUAUGUGUUGGAUCUCAUGUUGUACUUUUCUUAAAGCGUGGCACUCUUUUUCCUCUUUUGAGGUUUUACCCACUCAUGUGGUUUUACUCUUUAGAGGUUUUGACGAGGCUUCGAUAUAUAUCAUAAUUUAUUUAGUAAUUUUGUUUUUGCACACUCAAUUAUGUAAUCUUUUUGGGUGUUUAGUAGUUUCGAUCAUAUUAAUUUGUAACCCAAACUAUACUCUGUAUUAGUUCUUAUAUGAUAAUUGAAUAGUUAGGUGUAGACGAUGGCUUUAGAGUUGGGUGCCGACCUAGUUGGGAUGCUUCUUUAUUAGCCUGAUUAUGCAUCUCUAUUCACAUUUCUUUUAAAAGUAUUAUUUGUAAUUUUUCAAAAAUUAGUAAUAUAUAUAUUUUCCUAUGAGAACUUA